UCUUUUAUAAAUAUUAAGUGAGGCAGUAUAAUUGUUAUGCUACAGGUGAUAUUAUUUCGUUACGUUGCAUUGACACUUAACUGAUAACUGAUAAGAGUUUGUCUCCGCGAACACGCAAGUUUUGUUUUAAUGCGAUCUAAUGACAGUUGAUCAUAUCAGUAUACCCACGAAGGUGCUCGUACAGUUUUGGCCUUCAGCAUAAUGACAACUUUGACUCUAUUCUCACUUACAACUUAUAUAUUUCUAUUGGUUUCAAUCUUUGUCUCAUAAAUUAAACGUAGUCGCGUUCUCUUCGUCGUCGUAAGCACAACUAUGCCCUAUUCAUCUAUUUUUUUGAGUUUUAUCGUAUUUUGAAUUCGCUUUCAAUCCGUCAUCAAGAUCUUCAAUCGAAAUUUUUAAAAUCCAUUAAAUAUUGAUAUUAAAUUAAAAUUUUAUUAAGUAACAAUUCAAAGUGAAAGUUUAUUGACAAGUUAUUUUAUCAAGUUUUUAUUUUAAACUAAAUCGCAUUUAAAUAAUCAAUCAUGAAUAGUGAUGCGAAAAAACAAACAACAAAACUUAAAUAUCCGAAGGCCGUAUUCUUUAUUGUCAGUAAUGAAUUCUGUGAGCGAUUUUCUUACUAUGGAAUGCGAACAAUACUGUCCUUAUACCUGACUUCUAAGUUAGAUUACAGUGAUGACACAGCUACAGUUAUCUAUCAUAUAUUCGCAGCGUUUGUGUAUUUUUUCCCGUUAAUUGGUGCAAUUAUCGCAGACUCAUUUCUCGGCAAGUUCAGGACCAUUCUGUAUUUAAGUAUCGUUUAUGCAAUUGGACAACUUUUACUAUCGGCAAGUGCCGCACCUACAUUCGGGUUACCUAUCAGAGAAUUUUCAAUCCUGGGUUUGUUCCUUAUUGCGGUGGGAACUGGUGGAGUAAAACCAUGCGUCGCGGCUUUUGGUGGGGACCAAUUUAUUCUCCCCCAGCAGGAAAAAUAUUUGGGAAUGUAUUUUUCUGUUUUUUAUUUUGCUAUUAAUUUGGGUUCGUUGAUCUCGACGUUUGUGACUCCAGAAUUGCGUCAUGGCGUUAAAUGUUUUGGUGACCAAACUUGUUACUCUGUUGCAUUUCUUGUUCCGGCCAUUUUGAUGAUUUCAUCAAUCGUUAUUUUUGUACUUGGAAAACCGAUGUACAGAAUGAAGAAACCUGAAGGAAAUGUUAUUCUUCAUGUUAUCAAGUGUAUUUCUCAUGCGAUCUAUAAAAAAAUGAGCAUGAGAGAAAUAACCCGUGAUCACUGGCUAGAUCAUGCGGAUGAGAAGUACGACGCAAAGUUGAUAUCUAACAUAAAGUCAACGCUUAAGGUUCUCAAACUUUUUAUACCGGUGCCACUUUUUUGGGCGUUAACUGAUCAACAGGGAUCGCGGUGGACAUUCCAAGCAACGAGGAUGGAUGGUCAGAUCGGGAGUUUCGUUCUCAAAGCUGACCAAAUGCAAGUUGUCAGUCCACUAUUCAUCGUUAUAUUCAUUCCCAUUUUUGAGACUUGUAUUUAUCCUUUAAUGGCUAAAAUUAAAUUAAUAAAUACACCGUUAAAAAAAAUGGCUAUCGGUGGAUUUCUUGCCGGUUUCGCGUUUAUUGUUUCCGGUGUCGUGGAACUGCAACUCGAGAAAACAUAUCCAGUAUUACCGUCCAGCGGAUUGGCGCAAUUGAGGCUGUUCAAUCCAAACAAUUGUGAUAUAGGAAUUAUAUUAAAUAAUAAUCAAUCUUUCGAUAUAUCGCCAUUUGCAAUGUGGCAAGACACAAAUAUAAAUACGAUUGGUGAUAAAUCAAUCGAAUACGAAGCAAAUUUUUCAAAAUGUGGUUUUGAAAAAUUAAAUCGCGGAUUAUUAAAUCUGACUGAAAAGAAAGCGAUGUCCUACGCUUUGAUACCAGAUUCUAGUCCAUAUGAAUAUCAAGACCAUGUAAAUAAAACAGAAAUUGGAAAUCCAGCAGUACGGGUACUUACAUACAAUACUCUGGACACUCCAGUAAUUGUACAAAUAAUAAAUAGUAAAGAUAAAAUUCUUUAUAAAUCAGUAGUGACUGGCAAAGUCGAGCACUCGCUCUUCGUUCCUCUUGAUCCAGGAACUUACAAAGUCAAAGUAAACGGAGUCAGCAACGAAAUAUUAUUACACAUGGGUGGCGUUUAUACCGUCCAGGCUUACGCGUCCAAAGAAUUGACUACAGCUAAAAUAGUGACAGUAACUCAGCCGAAUUCAAUGCAUAUUCUCUGGUUGAUUCCUCAGUACGUGAUCAUCACCAUGGGCGAAGUGAUGUUCUCAGUUACGGGAUUAGAGUUUGCAUUUACUCAGGCUCCCAUCAGCAUGAAAUCUUUACUGCAAGCCUCUUGGUUGUUUACUGCUGCCUUAGGUAAUCUCAUCGUUGUGAUAAUUGCUGAAGCAAAAAUCUUCGACAGACAGGCAAAUGAAUUUUUCCUUUUCGCUGGACUUAUGAUUGUCGACAUGAUGAUAUUUGCAGUCAUGGCCAAAUUCUAUAGAUACAUUGUCGUCAAUGAUAGUAAUAAUGAGACUACCGAUACCCGUGACGGCACGACCGGUACGACGAUUAAGGACCAACAUACCCCCCGACGAUAGCUUAGUACAGAAAAAUCCAAUAGUUGGCGAUAAGUUUGUUUGCACCUGAAGAUGGCGUUUCGUUAAUUUUAAAACUCCCGCGAAAAAUUUAAUUUUUUUAAAUCUCACUACUAUUACUAUUAUUGUAACAUAAUUAAUUUAUUAAUAUUUAUGUUUAUAGCAUAAAUAGAAUUUUUAUAAAUAUGUCCUUAGCAUAUUUAUUUUUAAUUAUU